AUACCCUCCUCUCUGUCUCUGUCUCUGUCCCUGUCUCUGCGUCCGCUGUAUUCUUUAAAUCCUCCCAGUUGUUGUAUCUCGUUUCGUUUUGCUGCUCGAUGGCGAUGAUACAAGCCCUCGCACCCCCCGAGUAUUUCCCUAAAAUUUCUCUUCCCUUUCAUCUUCCAGCAUCUCCUCCACUCCACACGUAGACUUAAUCGUUUUUUUUUUUAUCUACUGUACCUUUCGCAAGUGUUUUAUAUGAUUCCGCCUUAAACCUAAUCCCACGAUGUCUUCUUUAGCUCCGUUUCGAUAGAGACAAUCGGAACAUGCUAAAGAUUUAGUUAUCUCUGCAAAGCCAGGCUGCAACUUUGUGGGAUGGGUAAAAAUGGGAUUGUAGUCUUUGUUUUCAUAGUCAUUCUUGUCUCCAACACUUGCAGCAGCGCUUCUCAUCUCCGCAAGCUGAUUACUGGUGCACCGAACAACGCUUCCACGAAUUCAUCGGUUCCGCCCACUGGUAGCCCUACUCAUCAACUGAAGAAAGCACCCCAAACUACGGGGGAGCAUGAAGAUGCGAGGCACGGUGAUUCUCAUAAGGGCCAUCAGACUGACAAUGGAACCCUGCCGUCUGAUUCCAAGGAUGCCGGUCAAAAUUCCACCACUCGGAAAACAUCUACUGGAAAGAGCAAUGCGGAUACACUUGAUAGAGUAAAGGAGAAGUCGUUGGGCAACAAUAUCAGCUGUGAAGGAUCCCUUACAAGUUGCAGGCGCAAUGAGAUUAUCGCAUGCGUUAAAGCGCCCAAACAAAGUUAUUCGGACUUGUUCCUUGUAGUGCAAAAUCAAGGGAAAAGUAAUUUAAAAGUAGAUGUCAAUUUACCUAAUUAUUCAAAAAAUCCUUGGCAAACUUUCGAAGUGCACAAACAGAACGCUACAACGGUGAACAUCUCAUCAAUAGUGGGAAAGAGUGCUACCCUAUUUGUGAAUUUUGCCGAGGCUAAGUGUGAGCUUAGCUUGGCCAAUACUAUUUCACUGGACAACCUUAUGCAGCAGCUCACUUUCUAUUCAAAGCAGGUGACCCCAAUCUAUGCAGUAUAUGGCUUCUUUCUUUUGGUGUUGCUUUUCGGAGGGACAUGGGCAUGCUGCAAAUUCAGGAAGAGACACGUGGUAGGAGUUCCAUAUCAGGAACUAGAGAUGGGGUUACCUGAACCUUCCACAUCUGUUACAAAUGUUGAUGCAGCAGAAGGUUGGAAUCAUGACUGGGAUGAUGAUGAUGAUUGGGAUGAGGAGACUGCCGUAAAAUCACCGGCUGUGCACCAUGCCAGAAACAUCUCUGUGGACGGCCUCAUUUCUAGGCCUCAAAAGAAAGAUGGUUGGGAGUGGGAGGAUUGAGGAGGAAGAUAUGCACAGGAAGAAAGGGACCAUGAAUAGAUGGUAAAUGCCAGAAUGCAGUUGGUAUAAAACUCAUGCUCCACACCUUGUGUUAGUUAAUAAUGAUUCUUGAUGUGAGAAAAUGUCCCGUUAUAGAAAUUUUGGUACAAUGCUUUGUAAUUGAUACUGCUAGUCAAGAUCUUGGGCUAAAAGAACCGAAUGGCUCAGAGCUUAUACACGGAUCCUUGUAUACCAUACCAUUCUUGUAAAAGGUGUAGCAUUCAUUCUGUAGAGUA